AUGAAGAGUGAUGAAGACAAAACUCAAGAAGAUUCUGAAUUGCUGUUUUCCAAAUGGAACCAGAAUAUGUCUCAAGUUCUUUCAACUGACUUACUAGCAUUGAAUUCUGAGCGUUUCCUGUCUUCUGAGGGAGUCCCGGAUCUCUGCAGCGUGUUUGAUAUCAUCAACACAGAAGGCGGUGGGGAUAUUCUUUUCUGCUUCACAACGACCUUGAUGCGCAUGGAGCCCCAGGAGAUAUUUCUCAACAUCUCCGGCAUCCUAAAAUCGGGACACAAGAAAAUAGAUGUAAAGAGUCACCAACACAUUAGCAAGAAGACGAAACACGAUAUCUCACAUCGAUUGAAAAGACCGCAGCAUGGAGAGGGUGUAUAAAUGCGCCUUUUGGAAUUUCCAUGUGGUUUCCUAAAAUGGUAUGAACAUCAAGACCUGUUUCUGGAAACUUUUCCACCCUCUGAAUUGCUUCCCCCGAAAUGCAUAGCUCCACGUAGCUCUUCCACUCGUCUGCGGUCUCGUGCUUCUUCUUUAUGCUCAUGAAUGGUUUGAGUGACUCAUCAGUCACUUGCUGCGAGAACCUCUGAAAAACUUCCUCUUCCUCCACUCCAGCAAUCCUGUAUAGAUAGAGAAUCAUGGCAUUUGCAUCUAUGUGACAGUGGCACGCCAUUAAUUGUUUCGGGGUAUUGGGAGAUUCAAAGCUUUUUUUCUUUUUAGGUUCUUUUUAGGCAAAUCUUUUUAGGUAUGGAUACGGGAAAGGGAAUUUCUCUUUUGAGAAAGGAAAUUCAAAUUGGCAAUUGCAAUACCUAGCGAAGGAUCUGAUCAGGGUCUUCUUCUGAAUCAAUUCACUUAGCUUGUCCCCAAACUUCUUUAUGUCUCUCUCUUGCUUCAGGAUUCUCAGGUUCUCCUGUAAAAAUCAAAGAAUAAACUCAAAUGGUGCGUCACCUGGUUUCAUUGUAAUCAGGGACUGGCAAGAAGAGAGGUCAAUAUAAUCCAUCAAUAAUGACAAUUAGUAUCAGAAAUGGGCCACAUGGGAG